AUGGAGUUGGGGAAAGUGCAUCUGAAUCUAAAGACAGUACUGCUGACGAUGAUGAUGUUCAAAUGGGGAAUAUUCUGCUCAGCCACUUCAGACAAAUGUUUGUCUGCACCCUGCCAGAAUGGAGCUACAUGUGUGGACAACAUGGAUGAUUAUGCCUGUAUCUGUGCCAGAGAGGGUGUUCAAUACAUGGGCAAAAACUGCGAUGAACUCUAUGACGCCUGCUCUUUUGCUCCAUGUGAAGACUGCACCAGCACCCCUGGCACAACAGAAUACUACUGCAUCUGCCCGGACGGACUAACAGGAGAUAACUGCACAGAGGAGGUGGACGAGUGUCAGAGCAACCCAUGCUCCGAAACCCGCUCUCUGUGUGUAGACCAGAUGAACGGAUAUUUCUGCAGAUGUCCUGCUGGGUUCGGAGGACAGGACUGCAGGACACAUGUGACCGACUGCAUCGAUGAACCCUGCAGGAACAAUGGGACUUGUGUGUUACGACCACAGGGCUUUGAAUGCCGCUGUGCACCAGGGUUCGAGGGGAAGACCUGUGAAGAAGAUGUGAAUGAGUGUUUAUCGGAGCCCUGUCAGAAUGGUGCUAUCUGUAUGGACGGAGUGGCCGAGUUCCACUGCUUCUGUGUGCCUGGUUUUCAGGGUUAUAACUGUGAAAUCGACAUCAACGAGUGUGCUUCACGACCCUGUGAGAACAAUGGCACCUGCAUCAAUGAGAAGGACCACUAUGAGUGUGAGUGCCUGGUGGGCUUUGCAGGAGUCAACUGUGAGACUGAAAUAGAUGAGUGUGAGUCCAGCCCCUGCCACAACGGAGCCCACUGCCAUGACCUGAUCGCCAUAUACUUCUGUGAGUGUCUGCCCGGGUUCGACGGCAUUGACUGCGAGGUUGAUGUUGAUGAGUGUGCCAGUAAGCCGUGCCAGAAUGGAGCAGUCUGUCAUGACAUGGUGAACAGCUAUGAAUGUGACUGCAGUGAUACAGGAUUCCAGGGUGAUUACUGUGAGCUGGACAUCCCUGAGUGUGCCUCUGAUCCCUGUCAGCAUGGCGCCUCAUGCUUAGAAGGAGUCAAAGGAUACACCUGCCUCUGCUGGUCAGGUUAUGAAGGACCAAACUGUGAGGUUGAUAUAGAUGAGUGUGCCAAGCAGCCCUGUGACAACGAUGGCGAGUGUUUUGAGCAUUCAGAUCCAUCUCACUGGGAGCUGGACUGGGAGCUCAGCUUUGCAGAUGCAGCUGGGUAUAUCUGCCAGUGUCAGCCAGGGUUUGCAGGAGAGAACUGCUCCGUCAACAUUGAUGAGUGUGAGUCUGAACCCUGCCAGAAUGGAGGCACCUGUGAGGAUAAGACUAACGGCUAUAGCUGUACAUGCUCUGUGGGAUUUCUAGGCGAGCUGUGUGAAGUGAACAUUAAUGAAUGUGAGAGCCAGCCCUGUCACAAUGGUGGCUGGUGUGAGGACGGCAGAGCAUUCUACACCUGCCACUGUCCUGAGGUGCAGCCAGUGGAACUUCCCUGGGGAGGCGAUCACUGUGAUGUCAAACUCUACGGCUGUGUGGAUCAUGAAUGCCAGAAUGGAGCCACCUGCCACUCGUGGCUGGAGGGUGGUCAACACGGUCACACAUGCUUGUGCCCUCAUGGCUUCUAUGAUGAGCAGUGCUCCACAAGAACAACAUUCUCCUUCUCCACUCCUGGAUUCAUUCACAUCCAGGUCGUUCUAGAAGAGAGGACCCGGAGGGAGGUUGAGCACCGUGUUCACCGUGGUUACGGGGUACAGCUACGCUUCCGGACAACUAUACACAAUAUGUUGCUCUUCUACAGAGGAGAUGUGGACAAUCACCUCUUCUUGGACAUUGUGAAUGGAGGUCUUCACGCAAAAGCUUUUUCUGAGGAGUCUGAACUGGAUGUAUCAUUUCCUGGCUUGGUUAGUGAUGGAGGCUGGCGAGAUGCUCAUGUGUUUGUAGAUAAUGAAGGUCUGGUUUUGAUCAUGAGAGGACCUGGCUGUGACAGGGACGGAUGCCUAGUUACAGAUGGUGGUGCUGAUGAACCACCUUUCCAGCCCUCUGAAGCCUUCACUCAUAUUUAUGUAGGUGGAGCCCCAGAGGAGCUUUUAGAGUACUCUGUGAGUGGGGCAGGCUUUAUUGGAUGUAUGGAAGACCUGAUGAUCGACUCUAAGCCUAUCCUUCCACAAACACUUCCAGAAGACCAAGGCCAUGAGAUGGGAUGCAGUAAAACUGAAUGGUGUAAGCCUGAGCCUUGUUAUGGACAUGGACGCUGUGUGGAUCUGUGGACCAGCUAUCAGUGUGACUGCUACCGACCCUUCCACAGUGAGAAAUGCUCUGAAGAAUUCCCUUCAUGGACAUACAGUCAUGAGGACACAGUGAGUUUCAGUGUCUACAAUGUAGGUAAGAGCCACAAGAGCAACUUCAAUGUGUCUUUCUUCCUGAGGUCAUUAAAGCCAGACGGGCUGCUGUUCCAGCUGAGGAGACCCACAGAGGAAGAGGGCGGAGAGGUCUACUUCUCCGUCUACCUGGGGAUGGGGAGGCUUUUUGUCAGCUCUCUGCCUAACAGUGCUCCACUGACUGCUCCGAUAUUUGUGACUACUGGCGAGAAGCAACUUCUACAGGUGGAAGUCCAAUACAGACAAGUGAUCUUUGAGCAUGCAGGCCUUCGCUAUGGAAUAGGAGAGAUCCCUGAAGUAAAUGUUAACAGUGGGGAUCAGGCCUAUGUAGGUGGACUUCCAGCAGACUGGGACUCUGACGUGUGGGGGGGGCAUUACAAAGGUUGCCUGCAGGACCUUCGUUUAGACUCGGUGCAUCUAGAUGUAAAUGCCUGGAACAGCUCGGAGGAGGAGGUAUCUUUACCAAGUGAUGCUGAAAAUGUAAAGAAGGGCUGUGUCAGUGAUGAUACUUGCAAGAUGAACCCUUGUCAAAAUGGAGGAGAAUGCACCAUCAUAUUCAACGAUUUCACGUGUUCUUGUCCAGAGGAAUACACCGGAAAGACCUGUGAAACACGUGUGUGGUGUGUUAGUGAUCCUUGUGUCAAUGGUGGCCAUUGUGUGGACCUUCAUGAUGGAUAUGAAUGUGUGUACAAUGCCACGUUUGAGAACAACCCUGUUCACUACAGUGCUGGAAGCUCCCUGGCUAAGGCUGCCUCUGACAUUUACAUGGAGCUGCGGACUCGCUCAGAGAACGCGGUGCUCCUGAGGGCCUCCUGGGGCUCAAACCUGCUGAUGGUAGGUCUGCUGGACUCUUCAAUACGGGUAGAGAUCCACAUGGGCAACAGUGUCGAGACGCUAGCCUUUACAGGAGUUCGUCGAGUGGCUGACGGGAGCUGGCAUCGUGUGAACAUCUCAAUGGCUGAGAAGAAGCACAAAGCAUCUCCCUGGGUCAUCACUGUGGAUGGAAUCACAGACGCCAGCAGUGUGCCAGAGCUUGCAGGAAGCCUUCGCUUUCUCAAUGAGAAGGGGGCCAUGUUGGCUAUCGCAGAGAGCUUCACUGGCUGCUUGGGUGCAGUGAGGGUCGGCGGAGUCUACCUUCCUUUUGUGGAUGACUAUAUAGCUCCGCAGCCAUCACAGUUCCACUUAGUUGGAAAACCAAAGAUUCGUUUGGGUUGUACCAGUUCCCCAGUUUGUGAUUCAGAUCCUUGUGUAAAUGGAGCCACUUGUGAAGACCUCUUCAAUGAAUUUGGCUGUGUCUGUGACUCGGGUUGGGAAGGAGAACUGUGUGAGACGGACACUAAUGACUGUGCGCCUCGGCCCUGUGUUCAUGGAGGCUGUAAGGAUUACUUAGCUGGUUUUGAGUGCCGUUGCCACCCUGGAUAUGCUGGCACAAUCUGUGAUGAGGAUCUUGACGAGUGUGAGCAUCAUGCCUGUGAACAUGGAGGCACGUGUCAGGAUGGACCCAACAUGUUCACCUGUGUGUGCCCCAAGGGCUACAGUGGCCCUCUGUGCCAGUGGGACUAUCCUCCAAUACAGUGUGGUGAAGAUGUCCAGUGUGAAAAUUAUGGUAUCUGCAAUGGUGGGCUGUGGGGAGCUAACUGUACAUGUAUGCCAGGAUUUACAGGCAGCAGGUGUGAAUUGGAGACGGAUGAGUGUGAGUCUAACCCAUGUCGAAAUGGUGGCUCCUGUUUGGAUCGAUUCAAUAUGUUUGUGUGUGAAUGCCCGCCUGGCUACAGCGGUCCAAUCUGUGACACUAAUAAACAGGCCCAUAAACAAGGAAUCCCCUGGCUGGUGGUAGCCAUCCCGCUGCUCUGCUUCUGUGUAUUGAUACUGAUCAUCGGCUUAACUUUCAUGGUGCUCACGGCGAGGAAGAAGCGCCAGUCGGAGGGCGCAUACAGCCCCAGUGCUCAGGAGGUGGCUGGAGCUCGGCUGGAGAUGGACAGCAUGCUCAAAGUGCCGCCAGAGGAAAGACUCAUCUGA